AUGGAUGAACCAAUAACAAACCAGCGCAAUAUGACAGGAGAAUGCAUCACAACAAAGAAAACACCUGGAAAAAUACCUAAGGCAAAUCCAGUGUUAUUUUAUAUUUAUAAUGUAAUUUUAACUAAAUUGAAUUUAUAUGAAGUUGAUGUGAUUUCUUGUCAGGUGACCCAGGAACAACAACCAGAUGAUGAAUUAAUAAGCCCGUUAAAGAAAGAUUAUCAGUGCUUUAUGUUAGAGUACCUGUAUGGAGGAGUUGUGAGAAAUAUGAGGCUUCUGUCAUACAAGAACAAAGCACCAGGAUAUGUUUUGCUUUUAAAGUUGUGGGAUUGCAGCAAGAUGAAGCGAGUACGUGUCAUGGGCGGUUACUUGGCUCGUGUUAGCUCUCUGUCAUGGAAUUCGUACAUUCUGAGCAGUGGUUCUCGUAGUGGUCAGAUCAUUCAUCAUGAUGUUCGACAGAGAGAUCACAGUGUGGCUGAGUUGUCUUCUCAUACACAAGAGGUUUGUGGACUAAAGUGGUCUCCAGAUGGCAGAUACCUAGGUAGUGGUGGAAAUGACCAUAUGCUGUACAUUUGGCCAGUUGCUGCGGGGCGAGCUUACUCACAACCCCGAUCUUUAUACUCUCUCAGUGUACAUCAAGCAGUUGUGAAGGCACUGGCAUGGUGCCCAUGGCAGCCUAGCACAUUGGCAAGCGGUGGUGGAACAGGUGACAGAUGCAUUCGCUUUUGGAACUGCAAUACUGGUCGUUUCAACACCAUCAACACUAAGUCUCAGGUUUGUGGUCUUCAGUGGUCAACUACAUAAGGUCAUGGCUAUACAAAUAAUCAACUAAUUAUCUGGAAAUAUCUAUCAAUGACAACGGUUGCUGAAUUAACUGGACACAGACAGGUCUUGAAACUGGCUCUGUCUCCAGAUGGAAGCACAGUGUUGUCUGCUGGUGCAGAUGAAACCUUAAGAUUGUGGAAAUGUUUUUCUCCAGAUCCUGCCAAGAAGAAGAAAGAGAUAAGAGACUCUAAGGGUGCUCUGAGCUUGUAUAAGGGAAUUCGAUGAUGAAAUUUGGUCACACAAAUUAUAAUGUAUCUAUUGAGAUCCUGAUGUUGAGUGAACAAAUAAUUUUUUGUUAUUGUGGAAUGUUAUACAGGACUGGUUGUGAUAUGUACAUAGAUUUUAUUAGCCAUAUAUUUUGCUUCAAUGUUAUUUAUUUAUUAAAUGGCUUUAAAUUAUUACAA